UGGACUCAAAGAGACGACCAAAAUAAUGAAGCUCCUGCUGCUCAUCCUCACGCUGAUGAUAGGUUGUGCUGCUGAAGAUGGUGGUAAUGAUGAAGAUUAUGGUGAUGAUGAAGAUGAUGUGGAGGCAUGCAUACAAGGAUGGGUUCAAUUCACCUGUGAAUAUCCUGAAACAAAUAAAAGAUAUGACCACAUCAAUGUAGUUAUUCCCAAUGGAACAAGCUUACGAAGCUCUCUGAAGGAUGUUUGGGAAGAUAAAGGCAGAUUUUCUCUGUACCAUGAUACAAAACAUAAAACUCUCAUGGUGGGCAUCAGAGAUGUUAAACAAGCAGACUUUGGGACGUACAGCUGUGAAUUUGAUCAAAGCUCAAACACAUCUGUCAUAAAGAAAUUGGAAUCUGAAAAGUGCCAGCAACCAUUUACUCAAAUUGUGACCAGAGCAGCUAAAAUCAUGUGUGAUUAUCCAGACGACGAUUUCAAGUCCGGGGUCCAGUUUUUCUGCAGUGGGGAGAAUUUUACCUGUAAGGAUAUUUUGUCAACAAAAGGUCAGAACGGGAAAUUCAGACUCACAAACACCAACAGAGGCUUCAACGUGUCCAUCAGGGAUGUUUCCUCACAGGACGCUGGUGUCUACUGGUGUGGAGUGGAAUCAAAGGAUGGAAGCUACAGAGUUUCAAUAAGACAAAUAAAACUGGAGGUUGAAGAGCCUCCAACUACAAAAAAACCUUCAACUACUUCCUCUACGACAUCCUCCAGAACUUCCUUCACUACAUCUUCCACAUCACUGAAUCCUCCAGCUUCAGCUACCAGUUCUACAACCCAGACACCUCCUGUGACAGCUGGUUCUCCUUUAACUGCGGUCAUCACUGUGACUGUCCUCGUUGCUCUCCUGCUACUUGUGGUUGUUGUGGUUUUCACCUACAAAUGUUUUUCAUGGUCAAAAUACAGAAAAAAUGGAGAGGCACAGAACAAAGAACAUCAUAUCUAUGACGCAAUACAAGAGUCUUCCCAGAAGUCCAUCACAAGACCUGCGAUAAAAACAGUUUAUGCCACCGCCAACUUCCCCACAAACCCAUCUGUCUUCAUGCAUGAGUCCAAAGUCAACGUUAAAAACAUCUCUGGUGAGGCUGAUUCUGGUGCAUAUUUUAAUCUGUGGAAACCAGGCCAGCGUGAUAAGAAGUCUACAGCCAAUCAUCCAUCCAGAGUUUCCAAUGACCCUUUCUACUCUGUUGUUGCCAUGCGACUGCAGCACUGAGGAAGGUUAAGUCCUGACUGCUCCUCUGUUUACUGCUUACUUUCUCACAUGGGGGCAGGUAUGUUUGAAUAGCUAUUAAAAUUUGAUGAUCUGGGAAAUUUCAAAGCAUGUGGGGUCCUUUCCUUGAUGCAUUUCAAAAUCUAUAAAAAAUGUUCAUGUGCUUUUACCUCAUGUCAGGUGUGGAAAUACAGUGUACAGAUCUAGGGCGGUGACCAGGGUGGGAAUGAAUGGGAUUAUUUUGCCGGGCCUAAAUGUUAUUUAUGUUUAUAUUUUUUUUCUUUACUUCACUUUUUUCUUUUUU